UUCUUUAAUUCUGAAUUUCUCAUUAACUCAACUUCUCAACUUCUCAUUCUCAAUCAAACUUCAAACUUCAAGGACCACUUCAAAUGUCUCUACAUCCACAUCCUCCAAAUCAAAAUAACUUCAAUCCUCAAUCAUCUCAAUCACAUCAUCUAAGCUUUCCAGCAUUACAUUUACAUCCACAUAAUGAUACUUUUAUUCCAAAACAAAUCGCUUUAAAUCCAAAUGGUGCUAAAGUUAAAAUCGGUCGUCAAACUAAUCAAAAAACUGUACCUAAUUCUACAAAUGGUUUUUUCGAUUCUAAAGUACUAAGUAGGGCUCAUGCUGAAGUUUGGACUGAAGAUGGAAAAGUUCUUAUUCGUGAUGUUAAAUCUUCAAAUGGAACAUUUAUUAAUGGAGAACGACUAUCUGCUGAAGGUAUUGAAUCUGAAGCCUUUGAGCUACAUACAGAUGAUGUAGUCGAAUUCGGGAUCGAUAUCAUUGCAGAUGAUAAUAAAUCUGUAGUUCAUCACAAGGUUUCUACAAAGGUCUUUCUUGUUCUUAAUCCGGAUGAUGCUCUUGCUGCUUCAAACUUCUAUCGAGCUAAUGGUACUGACGGUGGAGUGAACCGAAGAGCGAACCGUCCUGGAGUAUUUGCAGGUGGAAGUUUUGAUCAUGUCCUGAAUCGGUUACAAAGUGAACUCGAAAAGUCUAGGGCGACCGGUCAGGAACUCAGUACCCUCAACUCAGCCAUGAAUGAAAUUCACGACACACUUGGUGGUGGUGCUGGACCACCACCACCACUUCCACCACCUUAUGGGGGUCGAAUCCCACCUUUGAACCAUCAGCAACCUCAUCUACAGGCAACAAACGCACUUCAAGCUCAACUAGCCGAAACUCAAGCUUCUCUGACCACUCAUGUUGAAAAAAUGAAAACUUUAGAAGGUUUGAUGGGCGAGCAUGAACAAUUGAAACGUGAAGUAGGGGAAUUACGUGAUCAGCUUGAAUCUACUAGGCAGGAUAAACAUUCAAGUUUGAAAACUUCGAGCGUUGAUCAGGAGCAAGAACAUAUGCGUGGUAGGGUCUCACCUGUGGCUGCGAUGCUUGAACUUCAGGAACGUCAACAAGAUGAAAUGGGUAGAGGUGGUGGUGAUGAUGAUGACGACGAUGACGAUAGCCGUAGUUUGGCUAGUAAUGACACUGUUACGUGGCUCACAAACUCACUUCAAAAGACUCACUUGAGACCGAAUGGAAUAUCGUCACCGGCUCAAAAUGCCUCCCCGAUCGAUGCCAAUCAACUAGAAUCUCUGACCGAGCAAAACCAAAAGCUCACGGAAAAAAUCGAAGCAAUAUCAACUCAUGUAGAAGAUACGAUCAAGAUGGGUCAAAACUUAGUUGAACAGCAACGUCAGUCGACAGAGACUAUUGAUCAAUUGAGACAUGAGAUACAAUACUUGAAGCAAGAGCAAGAAAAGCAAAAGCAACACUAUGAAUCUAUGCAAUCAUCAGAAGAAGAUAUCAUUAAAAAAGUUGAAAAUAAAUGGACAUCAUGGAAAGAACAAAUCGAAAAAGGAUGGAGAACACAACAAGAAAGUUGGGAAGCAGAAAGACAAAAGUUAUUGAAAGUGAUACAGGAUUGGCAAGAACGAAGGAAUGAAGAAGUAGAUGAAGAUCAAAGUGAUGAUGAUGAUGAGAAUGAGAAUGAAAACAAUCCUCAAGCAUCUGGUAGUAAUUCAUCACAUCCUUUAUCUUCAUUUUCAUCACCAUCGAAAACUAUGAAGAAAAAGAGUAAGAACGUACAAGAAGCUUUGAACAACCGGGAGAUUCCAAAGACCGUAAAUGAUACUAAGAUCUUAUCGCCUAGUCGAUCACCCAAGAAAGUUCGAAGGAGAAUUGGUAAUCAUAACCAAUUCGAUGAUGAUGGUCCUCCAGGUCAACUGGAUCCUAUCAAUCGAUUGUUGAUUGAUGAACAUUCAGAUGCUUCAGAUGCUACGAUGACACAUCCCAAAUCCGGUAAUCUUCCUCAAACAUCAACAUCAGAUAGGAUAGAUAGAAGAACUUCAAAUGGACGUUCAAAUAAUACAGAUCGAGAAGGAGGAGUGGGUAGAUCAUUAAUUGAUGGUUCAUUACUUCCUUAUUUAUCGGCGGCUGGAAUUGCGUUGAUGAGUUUAACGGCCUAUGCAAUUGUUAGUCAGGUAAAAGAUUAAGGAUUUAAACUUUUAUAGGAUUUCUUUCUUUCUUUUUGUUUGAUUUCCUUUCCUUUUUAUGAUUUUUCUUUUCUUUUUGAUUUCCUUUUUUAUGAUUUCUUUUAAAUAUACGAGUUUUAUAUAUAUAUAUAUUAUGUUUUGUGAUUGCAAAGAGAUUAGAUUUAUGAUGUUUUUUGUGGUUUAAGUUUGUGAUGAGGUUUUUUUUCUUAGGGCUUGCUAGAUUUUCAUUUUUUCUUAAGUUGGUUUUCUUUAUUGUUGUUAACUGUUAGAAUAUAUAUAUAUAUUUAUAUUUAUAUGUGUUUGGUUAAAAGUUUUUAUACAUGGAAUUGGGGGGGAAUGAGUGAUUUUAUUUGGGGGAAAGGGUUGAGGAUGAUUUAAUGAGUUUUUGAAUGUAUACAUACUUCUUUUUGCACAG